AUGCGUCCCUUUUGUCUCGCGGCGUUGGUCCUGUCGGCCUUGACAGCAAUCUAUGCUCGCCCGGAGCCGAGGUCUCUAGUGGGAGAAGGAUGGCAUGGCAUUGAUGGCAACUGGUCGACCACUCAGUUGUGGGUCGGCAAUGUCGAUGUAUCUGAGGCGACGAUGAAUCUCAUCAUCAGUACAAAUGAGCAACUCUGUCCCAAAUACCGUGGCGGAACCCUUGAUAUUUGGGAAUCGAAGACGUGGUACUCCCUCGGCGACUGGCAACUCAGUUUUCCGUACGCAAAUGUCCAAGCCAACGGCAAUUACGGCCUAGACACUCUCGUUAUUAGGGACUCGCAAACCAAGACUCUGGUAGCGUUGGACAGGGCUCUUAUUGCUGCCUUCAACACGACUGAAUUUUACAGCGGCUUCUUUGGUUUGGGGAUCGUAUCCGGCGAAUUUGGGCAUCAGGUCUCCGAUUCUCCCUUCAGCCAGAUGGUAGCCAAGCACGGGUGGUUCCCAAGUUAUACGUAUGGCUACACUGCGGGAGCUUACUACAAGGGCUCUGGUAUGCCGUCAUCUUUAGUCCUGGGAGGUUACGACCAGAAGAGAUUUGUACCUCACGACGUCGAGUUCACUCUGACAAGGGAAACUGCCCUUCCACAGGCCCUCGUUCGCGGGAUUGAAGUCUCUAUUCCCGAGAAGAGCAAGCCCGACUGGUGGGAUUCUAACCGACGUGUUCUGUCUGACAUGAACUCAUCAUUUGAGGCCAUCAUCGACAGCUCGACUCCGUUCCUGUGGCUCCCCGAAUCAGUCUGCAGCAAUUUCGCCGAGGCCUUUAACCUAACCUACAGGACAGAGUUCGGGGCAUACCUCGUGAAUGAUACAUUCGACCUGCUCAGGGCUGAUGAUUCCUUCUCUUUCACCUUCAGCUUAUCCAGCUAUGACAACAAUGACGACUUCGGCCAGCCGCUUGAAGUCCCUGGCGUUGUCAACAUCACACUCUCUGCCCACGCAUUCGCCCAAGUUCUAAAGUACCCUUUUAACAAUAUGGCUAUCGAGUACAAGGCUAAAUCCGUGCCAUACUUCCCCAUUAAAGUGGCCCCUAACGACACUUUCAUUCUCGGGAGAACCUUCCUUCAAGAGGCCUAUCUUCUAACAAAGUACGACAGUACCGUAUUCUCCGUUCACCAAGCACUCUUCCCAGACAGCCUAGACACCGAGAUCAAGGCUGUGGAACAACCUCCAAACAGCCCAUACCCCCCUCCCUUGGAUACGGGCGACAAGCAUGGGCUCUCGAAGAAUCAAAUGAUUGGCAUCGUAGCUGGCGUGGUUGUCGCUACGCUCAUCGCUCUCUUUAUCUUUUGCUUUUGUUGCAGACGUAGAAGAAAGAGAACUCGAACGCCAAAGACCUUACUUGAAGAGGAUACCAAGGACACGUCCUCAUCUAUUCUCACGGAGACGCCGAAAACCCCAGUCAGUCGGAUCUUUUCCAAGAUUAUCCGACGAAAACGGUCCAGAAAAACCGAGUCUGUCGAGGCGUCUGGGACCGAGACGAAUCCAGCCGAGGUUGGCGCGGAUGCUACUCACGAGCUCUACGAGCUACCAGCUCCCUUGCCCCCGGUAGAGCUAGACGCCGACACUCAUUCCAUCAUGAGCGAAACUGAGUUGGGAACUGAGGGCAGCGAAAACCUCAGCGCCUAUGAGAUCGCAAGACGCAAGAUGGAACGUCGUCUCCAAGGGCCAGUCCCAGCAUACAGCCCACCAGUCGAAGGUACCGCGGCAUCGGGUGCCGAAGCGUCCACUGGAGACAAGACAAUGCAGGACGUGAGCCCUGUAGAGACAUAUAGGCCUUCUGACCGUGUCUCGCCAGCCUCCUCUCCAACCUACGCCAACACCGACUCUUUACCUCGGUCCCUGCCUUCUCCCAUGAGUCCUCGUGGCGACUGGACUGAAAAUGGCGAUAUGCCAUCUCCUAUGACAAUUCCGCCAUCUUUCCCUUCUCCAAUAUACGCCGGGGCGACUGGCCGGUCCGGGACUGUGUCUUCUCACGACCACGCACGCGAUGCAUCAUCUCUGAGUCGGUCUAGCUCUGCCAAUGACGUUUCUCCAAUAUCUCCUUCCUCUACGAGCUCUAGUUUGGGUAAGAUCCAACGAACGCCCAUCGACCCGACCAAGAUCAUAUGCUUAGGGCCUCUCCCGGAGAACGUCCAACUGCCAAUACCAAGCCCUAGCCGGUCCAUAAUACCACGUACACCUGGGCCUGAAUCCCAAAGUCCAGGCCUGCCCGUGAUGUCAAACCAAGAUGCGCGCGUGUCAACCGAUACUCUUGGGAGCAACUUCACGGAUGUCGAAGAACGGCUCGCUCAAGAGGCCCCCAAUCAAAGGAGCUCGGGCCGCAACAACGGGCCACCUGUCAGCCCUCUGCAGCCCACUCACCACGAGCCCAGCAGUCAUAAUCUCGAGAGCCCGCGCAGCCUCGAGCGGAUAGAUGCGGGUGCUGAGUUGGUGCACGUUCCUCAACUAGCCGAAAGGCGGUAUAGCUGGGAGGAGGAUCGGUGA